AGAUGAAGCACCCGAGCCCUGGCUGGUUCUGCUCCAGCUGCUGCUUCCUUCUCAUCUCUUUCUGUGUCACAGAGAUUCGUACAUUUUCUACAACCUUAACUCAGACGCCAGUUUCUAUAACUGAAUUAGUAGAUAAAGAUAUAGAGAUAUCGUGUUCCAUAAAGGGGGAAAACAUCGACAAUCUGCGACUCUAUUGGUACAGGAAGAGCAACCAGAAGGGAGACUUGGAGUUCGUCACAAGUGCCCCGAACUCACUGGACAAAUUUUCCUAUGGUGGCAACAUUGACCAGAGCCGCUUCCUUAUAAGAAGAGUCAAUUUUCAGAAUUUAUUCACCUUAAAGAUCACGAAACUGAACUUCUCGGAUAAUGGAGACUAUUUUUGUAUGGCAGAGCAGGCAUCAAAGUGGGCAUUUGGCGAUGGGACGAAAUUAAGUGUCGUUGAAACUCUACCUACCACCGUAAAACCAACAUCAAAGAAGCCACAGUGUCGAUGCAAGAAGCAGAACACGCCAAAGCUAAAGACAUCAGGUCUGGUCUGCAGCUAUGCUAUCUGGGUCCCUCUGGCAGGGGGGGCUGUAAUCCUCCUGAUUGGCCUGUAUUUUUUGCUAUCUCAUACACAUCGUGUAUACAGGAGAACCCACAAAUACUUCAGAAAGUAG